AUGUCGUUAAUGAGCGGUCAAACUAAAAAUAUAAAUGUAUACAGUGGAUAUCAAUCAUUGUUUUCAUUUGAUAAACAUGAACUUGAAAUUAUAAUAAAAUUUAUUGAUGACUGGUUACAUAAAGGAGAUCAACUAUUUCCUAUUAAUAAUAAUAAUAAUAACAAUAAUAAUAAUAGUAAUGUUCAUACAUCAUUGUUUGAGAUGGAUGUAUCAUUACUUGUCUCAUUUGUGUCUUUAGGAAUGGCUUUAGUUAAAGAUUCUGAACAACAACAUCUUGUAUUAACAUUUGCCGACAAUGAUUUAUUUAAAAAAGAAAUACGAAUAAAUAAUGAACAACUGUACGACAGAAUCAAACAAAAAGUAACCGAAUUAUCUAUUAGUAGUGAUGAUGAUGGUGAUAUAAACGUAUUUAGAGAAGAAAUACUAAUGAGUAUUAAACAACUAUGCGAGACAAGUCUUGAAGAUGAACGGAUUAUCUAUUACCAGUGA